GGACGGGGAGGCGGAGGCAGAAGCGGAGCGCCGAGGGGCCGGAGACGAUGCGCCCGCGCCUCCGCCGCUGCCUGGAGGCGCUCGCGGCCUGAGCCCGGAGGGGCCGUGCGGUGUCCUGGCCGCCCUGCGCCCUGCCUCUCGGCCCGGGGCUUUCGCUUUGGCUCGCCGCGAGUUAAUGCCCUUGAGCUCGGCUCUGCGCGGCCCGGCUCUCCGCCCCGGCCGUUUCCCCGUGCGGCGGGGUCCGCGGCCGCUGGCCACUCAGGGCUCACGCGUCGAUGUGUAGCUACAUAGCUAUCUAUGUACAUCCACGCCGGGGCAUUUUUCUCCUGCUUAAUGAGGACUUGACUCGGGAGCGAGUGUGAAUCAUUGCCGGGGCUGGGAAAGGAGGAAGGCGGAUUUAACCCCCUCCCACCCCGCUCCAUGUCCGUGUGUCACUCGGCUCCGCUCACCUGGCGCGGCCGGUCCUAGGGCUGCUGCUGCUGACGACGACGACGACGGGGGCCGCCGCUGUCCCGAGAGCUUCCCCCCGCUCCUGCCGCCCGGCUCCUGGGGAUUGUUUCCUCUUCGCACGGAACCUCGGCCGGGCCAGCACGUUGGCUCCGAAAUAACUUCUUGUUUUUAUUUUUAUUUUUGGAAAGCACAUCGCGGACCAGUUGACAUCGCGAAGGGUUAUUUCUGCAGCUCGAAGACUUUUGGUCUUUUUGUUUGUUUAUAUUGUGUGUGUGUGUGUGGGGGGGUGUUUUGGGUUUUUUUUUUUUGGCGUAAACAUCCGAGUACAUACCAAACGGCAAGAUGUCCAGUAAUGUCCCGGCGGAUAUGAUAAAUUUGCGCCUCAUCUUGGUAAGCGGAAAAACAAAAGAGUUCCUGUUUUCUCCUAAUGAUUCUGCUUCUGACAUUGCAAAGCAUGUGUAUGACAACUGGCCAAUGGACUGGGAAGAAGAGCAGGUCAGCAGUCCAAAUAUUCUACGACUUAUUUAUCAAGGACGAUUUCUACAUGGAAACGUCACAUUAGGAGCAUUGAAACUUCCUUUCGGCAAAACGACAGUGAUGCAUCUGGUGGCCAGAGAGACGCUGCCAGAGCCAAACUCCCAAGGUCAGAGGAACCGCGAGAAGACAGGCGAGAGCAACUGCUGUGUGAUCCUGUAGCCGUGGGGCCAGAGACCUGGCGGCGUAGCCUGCCUGUGCAUCCCAGAGCUGAACUACUCACGGACUGUCGUCUUCGCUCGUGGAGCUAAAGAGAACCAGGAACAUUCUUCACUAUCAUUUCUUAUUUCUUGUAUUAUUGUUUGUGUUGAGCAGUUUUAAAAUAUAUUGGUUUUUGAAAGUAGUCAAUCUCCAGGAAGAAAGUUAACAAGUUCCCUCUCGUAGCAGAAACCACUUUGCUGCCACGAAAGUUUUCAUCACCAGAACUAACAAAUCAGGUGUUCCAAAUACAGUUUGCACUAAAAAAGAUUGACACUAUUUGCCUCAUCAGGAGAACUGAUAACAGUCUGUGGUACCUAGAAAUACGUACAGUUCCCCACGGGAAGACACCCAGCAGUUACUGAAGUUAAUUAAUGACUGGGCCAACUGGAGAGGGAAAAAUAUGGGAGAGGGAGUCACAUGCUGGGUGGAUCCAGCGUGCAGACUCAGGAUGCUGCCCUGAGUGUGACUUCUCCCUGCACUAAUGGAAACACAGAAACAAAACGUGCCUGUCGCUAAAGCGCUCGGGAGAGGGCUGACCAAACCAAGCUUUUCCUCAGCACGCGCACUGAGUCCUGGCUAGCAGAGUGCCUGCUGGGACAGCACAGGAAGGGGGGCGUGCACCUCUGAGCCUUCAUGUGGGAGGGGGUCCAGUUGCCCAGAGGCGGAAACAGAAAACCUCGUUGACUGAUCAGUUUUAUGUAUUUGAAUAUCAGCAAAUUGAAAUUGUCCUUAAUGCUUGCUCAUCUGUAACAGUGUCCCUGUGUCGGGCAUACUCAUUAGAGAGUUCAGGUGAAUUCUUGCCAUUCAAAGAUGCGCCUCCAUGAUACCUAGUUCUGUUUCUUUAUGUAGUUGCAUUGGGUAUCAGUGCUUGCAGUUGUAUUAAAAUCAAAAACUGAUUUUUUAGAGGCAUACGUGAUUAAGAAUGCCCUUUUAUUUUAUACCAAUAAUUUAAAGAUUGAUAUGCUAAAAACAAUUUGCACAGCACUAAAGCAUGAGCUAGUUUCAUCUAAACCUGUAAAAAUAUGAAAGAUUUUAUAUUUUUUCACUGGGAAGAAAUUCUUCCUGGAUGAAAUUACAAAUAAUAUGUAGAAUAUAUUUAAUAAAAGACUUAUAAAAUACCUAACUAUAGAACCUAAAUAUAGAUUGGCGUGUAGAAUAUAGAACAAUAAUCCGUAUAAAUAACUUUAGCCUUUUUAAAAAUGAAGUUGCAGGCUGACAUUAUGUUCUGUCCUUCUAAGAAGUGUCCAUGACCCUUACAAACAUUAAGUGUAAAUGGUUUCAGAUGGUCAGCUUUGUUUAAAUGUAAUCAGGUUAUUUUAUUCAUUGUUAAUGCUUUGAUGCAAAGGCUUUAUAUGCAGUAGAUCUACGAAGAUACUGUUCAUACUGAUCAGAAUUAAAUUUGUAUAGAGCAGAGUUUUAAAACGAAUGUAAAUAGCACUAAACAUUUUCUUUCUGCAACCUGUACUUAUAGAUUCUUUAUGUAAACUAAAUAAAAAAUAUUGUAGUGCAUUUUGGUGGUAAUUUUAAAGGUUUUGAUUAGGUUAAUUGUUUAAUGCAGCGUCUCAUCCAUGUUUUCUAGUUUUAUUUCUGAGUCUUUAAAAUUCAUUAAAUUAAUAUUCUAUUCUU